AGAGACAUCAGACGAGAUGCUCCUUGGUCGCUGGAUGGUCGAGGCGGCGCCGCCGCCGCCGCUGCCGUUGUUGUUGUUGCCGAUGCUGCCGAUGCUGUUGCUGCUGCUGCUGCCAGCGGCUUGUCUGGCCCAGAGUGGAGAGGGCGACCCCGACCUGGAGGCCAGAAUCAGCUGCUUCUCUCACAUCACCACAGCAGAAUGCAGUUUCACCUGCAAACUGACCGGCAGCAGGAGCGAGGAUGACGAAGACGAGGAUGACGGCGUGGAGUCGAUGACUGUCUGUUUCACCAAGGCGUUAGAGAAAAAAUUACGAUGCCUGAGAGUGUCGGGAGAUUCGGUCACCUCUGCCGACCUGCGGCCCCUGGCUCGUCUCAACCUGACCAUCCGCAUGAAGAGGGGGGCCACCGUCAGAAAAACACUCCAACUGAAGAAAAUCGUUAAACCUCGAAGUCCUGAAGUGUGGAAUGUGACCGUGAAGCAUGAGUCAAAUCAGGCUGUGUUCCACAUUCGGACUCCUUACCAGAACGACUAUCUGAAAGUUGAAAAUCAGCUUUUUCAGCUGCUUAUUUGGAACUCUCGCAAGAAGAUGGUUCUAAAUGUGUCGGCAUCAGAUAGGAUGGCCAUCGACAAGGAUCACCUCCAGAAAAACUUGAAAUAUCAGGUCAAAGUGAGAGCAAUACCGCUCAUUUCUCAGGGAGGGAGCUGGAGCGAAUGGAGCAAGGCCUUGACUUUCUCCAUUUCGGAUGUCCAGGCACAAAAUCGAGAGAGAGAGAACGUGACAAGGAAGCUGGUUGCAUGUCUCGUCUCUUUGGUGGUGCUGACUUCCAUCUUGGGGGUUUUCUGGAAAAGAAAAAUAUUUCCUUACAUGUGGCCCAACAUUCCGCAUCCUAAACCCCCACUGGUGCACAACUGCAAACCCAAUAAAGUUGCCCUUCUACUCAACUUAAAACCAGAGGAGUUCAGUGCUCUCAAAAUCUACCCGGUGAUAGAAACAGUGGACCAGGAAAGAGUUCGGGCCAUCCAACGUGCAAGCAGUGAUCUCACGCUGGCCAGUGGACCCCGUUCCACCCAAAACUCAGAUUGCAGCAUCACCACGGAAGAACUGGAGCUUUCCAUCUCGCCCAACACCAGCUGCUCGGGUGGAGACGACAGCCUUCGGAGCUCUAGUUCGCCGCUUGUGGCCAAUGGCGCACCGAGUCCCGGAGACUCGACACCGCCCGUGUUAGGAGCCUGUCAAAAGGAGGAGGAUUACGUCACCAUGUCUAGUUUCUACCAGAUCAAGUAGGACAAAGAUGGCGAAGCUAGGAUCUGUCAAACCUCCAAAUGGUAACCAAGUAAGAGGCUGGUAAGAGGAAUUGAUGCAUCAAGACCUCCACAGAUUUUUUUUUUUUUUUGGCAUCCCCAUCAGAUAUACUUUUGUUGCAUACACAACUAUGUAAUCAAUUUCUAGUUAUGCUAGUUGAACUGCAAUGCGGUCUGCAGUUUUGUGAGACAAGAAAUACCAGAUGGUGCCAUCGUUAAAUCAAUGGAAAUGGCUUUUUUUUUGGCUUUGUUUUGGCUAGAUAUACAGUGCAGGUCUUGGUGCCUAAUUCAAAUAUGGUGUUGCUUUAUAUUUACACAUCACCUGACACAACGUUGCUUGCGUAGAGUUCCAAAAAGCAUCUAAACGACUACUUGCAACUCUGUCAACAACCUUCUCAAAAAAGACUAGACCUAGACUAGUCAACAAUAACACAUAGACAAUGAUUGACUUGGCCUCGACUGACUCCGCCCCAAUCUGUUUAAAAAAAUCUGACAUGAAAUAUUGACAUUUACUGAAGAAUAAGAGCAAUAACGUCUUCUAUUAUCCUGAAAUUUGACUUCACACACACCGUAGCGAUCACGGUGGGCGAGGUUGCAGGUGAGUUGCCUUGCCCUCAUCUGGUGGUCGACCGCACGUCUUAUCCCGACUACAUUUCUCAUCAGUCAGAUUGUCAGGGGGUGGGGGGGGGGGUGGAACACAGGAAUAUGCUCUUUUCUACACCUUGACCAUGGCUGGCCAAGAUCAGAAACUGCCCGCGUGUGCCCUAAACUACACACCAGUACAGAAACCGAAGCAAAAGUGUCUGAGAGUAUGUGAUUCCAAUGCGUUAUGUUCGGCUCACAUUGUCACGAUGCGACAUAUCUGAACUCGGCCACAUCGCCAUUUUGCGUAGAUGCGGCCUGGCAAAUUUGCUCAGUCUUGGACAUAAACCAGUAGUGACGAUUACAACUUGUAGAGAUGUCAUUUGUCAAUGUGUUCCUGUUUUUUUGGGGGGGAUUUGUAUUUUUUUUUAACUAUGCAUUUCACUGAUGUGUAUAAGUGUAACUGUAGCAAGGAGAAAUGGCUUGAGGCAAUCAUAAGGGGAGGCCCUUUUGGAUUUUUGCAAAGCUGCUAUUUUCUGAAGGUAUUUCAGCACGUUUCUUCAUCCUUCAUUAUUUCUGACAGAUUGUUGUUAUUAUUCUUAUUCAUGGGACAGGAUGUGGACAUAUGGAACAGGAUGUGUUGCUGCAGAAAUCACAUUUGUUCAAAGCUGCAACUUAUACCUCAUCUUUAUGCAGCUUUAAACAUGCUUUUUGUUGUUCAAUUUGGUGAUCGCUGCUGUUGAAAUAUCCUUUGUCCAGCUGGUGUUUAUUGUGAUGAAUAUUUUCUGAGAGCUCCAUUGAAUACAUGAAAACAUGAAUAUUUUAUAUCUUUAGUUUCUUGUGUAAAUCUGCCUCUCUGUGGUUUGGAAAAGUUUUUUUUUUUUUUUUUUACUUGCUUUUCUUGAGGGAAUUAAACAUAUCAAGUUAGAACAAUAGAUAACAUCAGUGGGUGGUUAAAAUGGACGGUGUGCUUUACGAAUGGGAAGGUGUUAUUUAUGCUCGCCAUUCAGCAACUAAAAAUAAUGAAAGCAUUAAAAUGAAACAAGGAAUUC